UCCCCGGCCAUCAUCGUGGACUUGCGGUAUACCUCACGCUGACCGGGCCUUGUUUCAUACAUAUUUUCAAACGCGCGAAGCGUCCGUCUACCAAUUGCUCACUCGCUAUCAUAAGCCGUCGGGCAUUUGGACAUGGAAUCCUAUUUUUGACAGGCCAUCUUGGAAGUUUAUGCAAGUCGGAAUCUAUACCGGGUUCGCACGUCCCACGACUCCAGCUUGAGUCUUUGUCACCUUUUAACUACUUGAUCGUCCCGGGGCUUCGGACCAUGGCAGCUACUACGCUUGUCACUUUCCUUUUUGAUUGUCCUUCUGCAGCAACGUCUGUGGCACUCUUGGGUUCUUGGGACAACUUCUCCAAACCAUAUCACCUGCAGAGAGAUAAGCGAAGAGGUAUCAAGAGUUGGACCGGAUGUUUUUCUUUUGACAGCAUCAUCUGCGACGGAGACUUCGAAGGUCCCAGCAUCAAAAGAACCGGCCCACUUCUUAUGGGAGGAACGUACUGGUACUACUAUAAAGUUGAUGACGACGAGGAGCACCACAAUCCUUCUCAGCCAUCUACAACAUUCUGUCCUCUCCUUCCCGGACAGCGGCUCAACAUACUCGACGUUCCAAUGGAGUCAGCAAGCAAGACCAGCCCCGAUAGCUUUCAUGCUUUCACACGCAACCCCAAUGAUAAGUAUCUGACGCCUGUGCCGCCCAAAACUCUCCCCUCCCCGCGGCUGGGAGAUUACUGCAGGGAGACCUACAAAGUCCCCAUGCACCCGGGUCGAGAACUGCGAGCGUAUACAACACCUUCGCAGGGUCAGUAUCGAUUCAACAGGACCGAACGUCGUGGGAGGAGCAUCUCAGCUUCGCAAGCCUCGCCUUCCGGAUCGACUUUUCCUGACCUGAAAGGAUUGAAAGAUAUGAUCGUUUCUUCGAAACGCUCUGCACCCAACUCUCGCGGUCACAGUCCUCAACGCAGAGGCAAAGGACUCGAGAUUGGCGCACCGGUCUUAAUCAGCACUACCGCAGAGGACGUAUAUUUGGUUCCCUUACCAUCAGCCACAACUCCCGAACGCAGCCCUCUGACACCAUCGCAUAUCUCAGCAAAACUUAGAGAGUUCUCUCCGCUCGGCUCGAAUCCAGUUGAUCCCGUGAGAGACCUAGGUAUCACGAUCCCGCAAACUAGUCCCGUCAUUUCUGAAUACGGGCGACCGAAACGUGCCCAAUCUCAUAUUACUUCACCGGUAUCCAAUGAUGUGGAGGCCAAUUCUGGCCGAACGCGUGCCAAUUCAUCAGAUAUCAGGCGAACACGGGUUUACGUCUAUUCCAAUGAGCCCUGGGUUUCUUCUCCGAAACUGCCUUCAGAGCCUGAGUGCCUAGAAGAGCCGGCUCCCGUACUACCAAAGCCAUUGGCGCCACUCCAGAUCCCAAGAUCAUCGAUGAAUGAACGCCCAUCUUCCCGGCACGGAAGCAAAAUGAACACACCAGUCUGCAGUACACCACUCGACAAGGAACUUCCAGCAUUGCCUCGAUACUUAGUCCCUGCACCGCUCUUUGCUUGCAGUGCUGCAUCUAGCCCUGUGUGUCCACCAGAAGCCGAACACAAAGAAGAUGUCGAUGGCGAGGAAGCACCGGUCAUCCCUCUAGCUAUGAGGCGCAGCCAUUUCUCGACUUGGAGCAGUAACUCGACGACCAGUGACAAAGUCGCUGACGAGGACGACGCUGCCUACUCGCCAACCUUCAGCUCUUCGACGAGCAAUUCGAGUGUUCCGAAUUCUCCUCAGCAACCGUCGGCCGUCUCUACAGAUGCGAAUGAUCAGCUUAAAGUCGAAGCUCGCGAUGUCAGCAAUGUAGAGCAGCAAGAUGAAGGGGUCACCAGGAGGUCCGCCCGUGGCUCGAUGGGCCCUCCAUUACUUCGCCUUUCCACACUCUCCUUCGGUUCAAGUCUCUUGCCUCCGGUGAUCCACCAUGAGCCUACAUCACCUCGUCGACAAGCAAGCUGCAUCGGCUACUCUGGAUUCCAAGGCUACAGCUUGCCCGAGGACGAUACUUGUUCACAGUCGACCCUCCUCAAGGAGACAUUAUCUCUUGAGCCCGUCAUCGCCAGCAACAGGUGUUCCUCUACCAGCCAGCUAGAGAAGAUGGUGAACGAUUUCGGAUACCUCAGCGGGUCUGUCUUGUGAGGUCGCUUAUUCUCUCAUCCUUCAUUUCCCUCUUUCAAAUUUACGAACGAAGGCCUCGGCACCUUUGAUCAUCUCACCAACGUACAUCA